CUCCAGCCCUCCUCCGGCCUUAGCUUUGCCGGAGACACAAAUCGCCCGCCGAACCAGAGGAGACAUUCAGAAAGAGCAGCUUCCAGCAUGGACACCAAGGCGGCACGGAGGAGACGGUCUAGCAGUCUGAUGUACACCGAGCCCCCUGAGUCGCUGGAGCACAUCAGUGACCAGGCCGCCCUGCCCAACCUCAACUCGGAGUGGGUCAAUGCCAAAGGUGCCUGGGCUAUCCACUUUGUCCUCAUCGCUCUCCUCAAAAUCAUCUUCGACAUUGUCCCCAACAUCUCUCAAGAAACAUCCUGGACCCUCACCAACAUCUCGUACAUGGCCGGCUCCUUUCUCAUGUUCCACUGGGUGCGAGGUGUGCCCUUCGAGUUCAACGCCGGUGCUUACGACAACCUCAACAUGUGGGAGCAGAUCGAUAGCGGCGACCAAUAUACUCCCGCCAAAAAGUUCCUGCUCAGUGUUCCCAUUAUCCUUUUCCUUGUCAGCACUCACUACACGCAUUACGACAUUACAUACUUCAUGAUCAACUUCAUGGCGACUCUCGCUGUUGUCGUGCCGAAGCUUCCUGCUGUAAGUUUGCCUGCCAAACCCUUCAAGCCUCCUUCUCUGACCAAUUCUACANNGCUUCACCGUAUGCGCAUCGCUCUUUUCAACCCCGAUGUGGAUGACCGAUGA